AUAUGGUGGAUCAUCCAAAAACUGGUUGUAAUAAAAAGGAACUCCAGUUAUGAUUCCGGACUGCUUGACUCACUAUUUUCGAGUCUAUGAGUGUCAUUAAAGAAAAAGUUCAAUUGCCAAGGACACAAAUUGCCAAGAGUAUAUCUACAUGUUUUUGGGAGGUAUAAAUGUAAAGGCAUAAAACAAGUUUUUUAAGUGAGAAUCCAUGAAAAACCUUCAAUUGACCGCAUAUGUCCAGUUAUUAACGAAACUAGUAUCAACCUAACCAGUGAGACUUUACGAAAUGGAGCUGACUUGUGCUGUUCAGAGGUAUGAUUGGGGUAAAUGUGGAGCUUAUAGUAAGGUAGCCUCUUUUUUCAAAAAUACAACGCCCGAAUUUGAAAUUGAAAAAGAGACCCCAUAUGCGGAAAUGUGGAUGGGUACACAUCCUAACGGGCCAUCAAAAAUUAAAGCAACUGGUGAAUACUUAGCUGAUGUGAUAAAAUCAAAUCCUGAGUGCCUAGGUAAAGAUGUGAUUGAACAGUUUGGUACUAAUUUACCAUUUCUCUUCAAAGUUCUCUCGAUUCAAAAAGCUUUAUCCAUUCAAGUUCAUCCAACAAAGGAACAAGCUGAAAUAUUAAAUGCAAAGCAUCCAGAGCUUUACAAAGAUCCAAAUCAUAAACCAGAAAUCGCUAUAGCUCUUACACAUUUUGAAGCAUUAUGUGGAUUUAGAAAGUUAAGACAAAUUCAGGAAUUUAUAAAAGCUAUACCAGAGUUACGUGCUGUGAUGGGAGGAGAAAUAGUUGAUAAAAUACUCAACGAUGAAGAAGGUGCUAAACAGUUAGGUUUUAAACGUUUCUUCACAUGCCCUGAAGAUGUUAUGGCAACUCAAUUGACAGCUUUAGUUGAAAGGUUGACUGUUUCAGACGAUGAUUUCCGAAAGAAAAUGUUGGGGCCAUUAAUUGAAAGACUGUAUUUCCAGUUUCCUGGGGAUUGCGGUUGUUUUGCGGUUUACUUUUUAAACUUCAUUCAAUUGGAACCAUUACAGGCUAUUUAUUUAGGUGCUGGGGAACCCCAUGCCUACCUUUUUGGAGAUUGUGUCGAGUGCAUGGCUUGUUCUGACAAUGUAGUUAGAGCUGGCUUAACUCCAAAGUAUAAAGAUGUUGAAACGCUCUGUGAAAUAACUAAUUUUAAAGGCAGUCUUCCUGAAGAAAAGAUUUUUAAGCCUUUAAAGGACGGGGAAUUUUCUGUAAUCUUCAAACCACCUGUUAAGGACUUUACUGUUAUUCAGUAUGAGAUUCCUGUGUCAGUAGGAAAAUAUAAACUGCCUGCAAGAAAUUCAGCGUCUAUAAUUUUAAUUGUAAAUGGAACAGGUGCAUCUCAGCAGAAACUGAUUCCAGGCACUUCAGUGUUUAUACCUGCUUAUCAGGAAUAUGAAAUUGAAGUUCUAGAUGAUUUGUUGAUCUUUCAAGCUGCUGCUAACGUAUAAUUUCCUUUACUUAUACUUGCACAUAUCACGUACUAUAUCCGCUUUUUUGAUUUGCAUUUUGUUUUUGAAAUUUUAAUUUUUUAUAUAUUUACUCUUGUAUUUAUUAUUUACAUUUUUACAGCGAGUAGAAUUGUUCAGUAUUAAAAUUCAUUGUCCUCAAAAUUUCGACUAAAAAGUUGUGAUACUGUCUUUUAACAAUGAAAUGAUUAUUAUAAAUCAUUCAUCAGACAUUACUCUUAUGUACUUCGUAGUUAGUUUUUCCUUUUAAUGCAGGUCUUCACAGUAUUAAACUAACACUAAAAGAUGCUAGAUUUUUGUAUGUCAUAUUUACUUAAUAUAUAAGGAAACUUAAAUAGACUGAGAACAUAAGAGGGUUAUAUUGGGAUUAGACAGGGAAAAUGGGAGUGUUAGGAACAUGUUUUCUUUGCCUUCACGAAAAUGUUAACUGUUUUAUCUAUCUGUUGAAAAUAAAUUGUAGUCAAAGUUA